CAACCCUACCAAUCUUCCUCGACAUCGAACUGCUAGUAGCGUAUAUGAUGAAGUCUACUUCGUAGCAUCAAUUUCCAGAAUGGCGGAUCGUCCAGGUCUUGGGAAGAGGCCAAGCUCUGACCACAAAGGCGUAUCUCCGCCGCAGACGAAACGGCGACAACAGUCCACUACGACGAGUAAAGCCGUUGCGAAUUUUUUCACUCCAGCGUCCAAAAAAGAGCCGGAGAAGAUGUCCUGGCGGAUUGUGAAUAGUAGUCUCCUCAUCGGUCGUUAUAACCCAUCAGCUGCGUCACAGUCACCCAAGCCUUUCAGAAGUGGACGGAAAAUAGCUGUAUUCGACUUCGACUCGACACUCAUUAGGUCUGCUUCAGGUAAUCGAUUUGGGCGUGAUGCGACAGACUGGAAAUGGUGGCACGACAGUGUUCCCGGGACAUUGCGAAGCCUUCACGAGGACGGAUAUCUUGUCGCAGUAUUGAGCAACCAAGGAGGAAUCAGCCUGAAAGGAGACCCGAAAACCAUCAAGAGUGACCAGAAACGAUUGGCAGAUUUCAAGGGCAAGGUUUCGGUCGUGCUGAGCCAACUCGACUUACCCGUUUCUGUGUAUGCUGCGACAGGCCGAGACCAGUACCGCAAGCCUAGAGUGGGAAUGUGGCAGGAGUUGUUGGAGGAUUACGACCUCGAAGCUGCAGGUGCUGUUGAUCUAGAGAGCUCCUUUUUCGUAGGCGAUGCGGGUGGACGAGAGGCAGUUGCCGGAGGAGUAUCCAAAGACCACUCAUGUGUUGACAGAGAUUUGGCUGCCAAUGUUGGUAUAGCGUUUCAAACUCCCGAAGAGCACUUCUUGCAGGAAGACUCCAGACCAUUCGUAAGAGAUUUUGAUCCAACCAUUUUCCUCCACAAAGGGGCUGUGAAGUCAACAUCUGCAGUUCUGAGUUCGUUUACGAAAAUGAGUGGAGUCGAAAUUGUGCUGUUCUGUGGCAGCCCAGGAGCUGGGAAAUCGUCUUUCUAUUGGAGGCACUUAGAGCCACUGGGCUAUGGUCGAGUGAAUCAAGACAUUCUCAAGACGCGCGACAAGUGUCUCAAGACGACAGCUGCACUCGUCGAAGAAGGAACAUCUGUUGUUGUCGACAACACGAAUGCAGAUAUAGAAACGAGAUCCCACUGGACUGCGUUAGCCGAGAGGCUCAAGGUUCCGAUCCGAUGUAUGCUAUUCACCGCACCUGCAAAGCUUUGUGAGCAUAAUGAUACAGUCAGGGCGUUGAAUCUGGACCCCGAAAUUAAUCCUGAAAAACGUUCUAUCCUUCCAAAGCUUGCGUUUACAGGAUUUUGGUCGAGAUACCGAGAACCCACUUUGAAAGAGGGUUUUGAUGAUAUCACAAAGGUUGACUUCGAGUUCGAGGGCAGCGAGGAACAAAAGAAAUUGUGGGGUCGGUUUUGGGUUUGAGAAGGUAUUGACGGCGCCGAAAAUCAGCAAGGCGUAACCCGGAUGCAAAGGAAAUGAACGACAUUGAUAGCAGCUGCAGGUUUCGUAGACCAUUUAAUGCAAGUCAGAUCG